UUUCUACUCUUUCCUUCAAAUCUUAUUCUGGUUCCGGUCCGAAGGUUAGAAAAUGUCGUUGAUUCCAAGUUUCUUUGCUGGCCGAAGGAGCAGCGAUUUCGAACCAUUCUCACUCGACGUCUGGGAUCCCUUCAAGGACUCUCUCUCAACAUUUUCUAGGGAAAAUUCUGCGUUUGUGGGAACUCGAAUCGACUGGAAGGAGACGCCGGAAGCCCACGUGUUCAAAGCAGAUCUUCCAGGGCUGAAGAAGGAGGAGGUGAAGGUGGAGAUCGAAGACGACAGGGUGCUUCAGAUAAGCGGAGAGAGGAAGGUGGAGAAGGAAGACAAGAACGAGAAAUGGCACCGCGUGGAGCGUAGCAGUGGGAAAUUCAUGAGGAGAUUCAGGUUGCCGGAGAACGCGAAGAUGGAUCAGGUGAAGGCUUCCAUCGAAAAUGGGGUUCUCACUGUGACUGUUCCAAAGGAAGAGGUCAAGAAACCUGAGGUUAAGGCCAUUGAGAUCUCUGGUUGAAAGGAAUGAAUUACAUAAUCUCUGCUUUCCGGGCUGGUAUUUCUGAAGGUUCGUUUGUCAAAUAUGAUGUUGUGUGUAACAUA